AUGCCUCAAUUAGUACCUUUUUACUUUAUGAAUUUAUUAACAGGUGGAAUACUUAUUCUAUCUUUAAUUAUAUAUAUUGUAGCUACAAUAAUAUUACCUAAUAUAUUAAGAUUAUUAGUAGCUCGUACUAUAAUAAUAAAAUUAUAA